GCCGCUAAUAUCAAUUAGUGUGUGUGGUCCGUAUUUAUCAGAGGAAUGCCGCUAGAAGAUUUACGGAUCAAUGUAUAGAAUAAAUGUCGAUACCUGGUGGAAGCGAGGAGCAUCUUGUUUACACGAGAAGAAAGAUCGGUUCAAAAUUGCCGGUUUUAUGGUUAACCGGUUAAUCGAGCCACCUCUUGAUGGAUCCGAGCAUAUAUAAUCAUCAUCAUCAUCAUCAUGAUCCAAGCCUUGGUAAUUUGUAAGUCGUAAAACAGGCUAUAUGGCUCGUGUCGAGAGAGGGUGGCGUAGGUUGAAUGUAAUGAGGGAAUAUAAAUAUUUGAAUAUAUUAUCUGAAGAAUUGACCGUUAAAGUGAUUCAUCACCAAAGGAUGUCACGUAAAACUUCAAUUUAUCUUAAAUUUUCUCCAAGGAAUUUGAGGAGAAUAAUUCAGCAGCAGCGCCAACCAACUAAGUCAGGGUGCAAUUAUUUUAGAAACGAUCUGCACUUUAUCCAAAGGAACGUCGCGAGUGGAAUAACAAACGUGAGAGUGGCGCGCAUCGCCAGAAGCCGGGUCGAGCAUUAUUUCCACGCUUGCCAUAAAACUGUCACGACUCUCUUAAAGCAGUCGUCACUAUGGGUCUUGAGAAGCUAAGCUAAUACCUAAUACAUCCUUCCCUGUAAACUCCCGAUCUCUCAAGUGAUUACAAUUUACGUCUUGGUUUAAAUCGGGAAUCCACAAGUGACUAAUUGCCAAUCUAUUUUCGUUAAA